AUGGCUGACGGCGGUCUCAAGAGAAACAUCCCCAUCAAGCUCGGCGACUUCUCGGUCAUCGACACGGAGUUCUCGAGCAUCAGGGAGAGGUUCGACGCCGAAAUGAGAAAAAUGGAGGAAGAAAUGAGCAAGUUCCGCUCGGAGCUGAUGAACAGGGAGAGCAACAACUUCUUCAAGAGCACGACGAGCUCCUCAACAACAACACAACACAGCGACAGCCGACAGCUGGCUGAACCUAGCCACUGGGACAGUCUGAACUCUCCUCUGAUCCAGGAUGAGGGUGAUGGCAAAUCCCUGAAGUUACGAUUCGAUGUCAGCCAGUACACUCCAGAAGAGAUCGUCGUUAAGACAGUCGAUAACAAGUUGCUAGUGCACGCGAAGCACGAAGAGAAAUCCGACACAAAGUCUGUGUACAGAGAAUAUAACAGAGAGUUCCUGCUCCCAAAGGGCACCAAUCCCGAGGCUAUUAAAUCGUCCUUGUCCCGGGACGGUGUACUUACCGUGGAGGCACCACUGCCUCAGCUCGCCAUCACCGACAGGAACAUCCCCAUCCAAAAGCAC